AUGUCGUGGCGGCCGCAGGUCUUCAUUCACUCGCCGUUGAUGAGGAACUACUUCCUAGGCCAGGGGCAUUCGCAAAGCGCGUGCCUCAGGCAUGGCAAGUCGCCCGGGGUCCCCUGCCUAUCCUGCGAACUGGACGCGGUGUUCGCUGCCGCCUACUCGGGCGACCGGGCGCCCCUCAGCCCCACGGACUUCCUGUACUCGUGGUGGACAUUUGCCGACAGCCUGGCAGGCUACCGGCAGCAAGACGCGCAUGAGUUUUAUCUGUCCGCGCUGUCAGGUCUCGCGGGCGUGCAGCCCAACACGGGGGUCGGCAGCUGCCGCGGCCGCGGUCUUGUCCCGCUGGUUGACGCCGUGUUCGGUGGGGUGCUGCGGAGCGAUGUGACCUGCUCUGUGUGUGGUCACACGUCCACUGCGUACGACCCUUUCCUAGACAUAUCUUUGGACAUGGUGCAGGGCCACGGAGCAGGUUUCGGAGCCGCAAACCCGUCCGUGCCCCGCUGCGCGCAGGGAGCGGUUGGCCAUGCCACCCUGCAGGGCUGUCUGCGCCACUUCGUCACUCCGGAGCGGCUGUCCGCGGGGGAGGCCUGGGUCUGCAGCGCCUGUAAGCAGCAACAGCCCGCUGUAAAGCAGCUCUCCAUACGCCGCCUGCCGCCCGUACUGGCGCUACAUGUGAAGCGAGAAGAGGAGCUCUGGCCUCCCUUCCGUCCCUGUCCCGUGCAGACUAAGCUCCACUUCCCCCUCUCUCUGGACUUGGCGCCGUACACGACACCAGCUAUCCUGCGUGAAAGGUGCGGUUUCCAGCGUUUUCCUUGCGAACCUGCUCUUGGCGAUUUAGGAGGUCUUAAUGACACUGUUUCUUGCCGCUACCGGCUGUUUGCCGUUAUCAGCCACAAGGGCGACCUGUCGGGGGGCCAUUACGUGGUGUUCGUGAGGCCCGGCGGGGCCGCGGGGGGCAGCUGGUACCAGUGCGAUGACGCCUGGGUGACGGCCGUGAGUGUGGAGGACGUGACCGCCUGCCAGGCCUACAUGCUGUUUUACAGUGACGAGGCCUCCUAA